AUGGAAGACAUUCAUGGGGUCGACGUUUCUUGGCUCCACCAUUCCACUCGAGCUACAGAACAGCACCGGUCGCAGCCCCCCGCCCGCUCCCCUCCCACACAGCCAGUCGAGCACGCGACCUCGCACAAUCCGCCUCCAGCAGCCGCACGAGAAGAGCAUAAAGAGCCCAGCACAGCUCCACCAGUACAGGAAGCCUAUUUACCCUCUCCCCCUCCCGUCGUUACGCCGCCUUCUCAGAAAGUAUCCUUGAAGCGACCUCCGCUGCUUAGCCGAGGGAGUUCCGAGAAAACAAAUGGCAUCUCAUCGCAGACAGAACCGAAACCCACUUCAAGAAGAAACUCAUGGAUAUCGAGCAUUAGCUCCAAGUUCUCUUCAUCCCAGACGUCGCCGGCGCAGACUACACACGCUCAGGCCCAGGGGUCUCAUGCAGCUCUCAGCUCUGGGACAGCGUCAACAUCUGCAAAUGGCGCACUGAGCGGCAUACAAUCAGCGAACGGCGGAGCGCAUGCGACCCCCGAUCAUUAUGUCCCACAACCUCCAAAAGGCUCUUUUCUCUCAAAUGCUUUGCGCCGGCUGUCUUCGGGGCCACAGGUCACCGCACCUCAGAAGGGCUGGCCCCAAGGAGGCAUCUGUCCGAGAAGGGUUAUGAACGUCGAUACGAAUAGAACCCGAUGUCUGGUCCCUGAGCUGGAUCAAAACAAGUUGCGCCGCGUUGCAUUUUGCGUUGAUGUCGAGAUCGCAGGGGGACCGCGAUACAAGGAUGACGUGGACGAGCAAGAGCGGAAGAAGAGGUUAAGGGACAAGAAGAUCAAGGAGAAAGGAGAAGGGGAAGCGCUCAAACAUCCCGACGUCCUUGCGCAGGAGAAAGACCAUGACGGUGCCAUCAUCGUCAACAACAAGCAUGGGAGGGAGGUGGUUGGCACGGCGGAUGCGCCGAAUCCCGAAGGCACUGUUGUGGAGGAGGACAAGAAAGAGAUGACGAAGAAGAAGGAAAAGAAGAAGAGGUCCGAAGCCGAGCGUAAAGAAAGGAAGGAGAAGAAGAGAAGAAAAGCUGAAGAGAAUGGUAGUAUACCGCUCGAACUGACACGCGACGACGGUGCCGAAGGCCCAGAUGGUGCAACCCCAGGAUCGAAUACUACGCCUCCCAAACGCCAAAGCGGACCUACCACCGAUCCACUUCGGAUCUACCGACGUUGCUGUCAAUUACGGGAGACUCCUGUGCUAAAGCGCAUCAGUGACCAGCUGGCCAAUCCAAAGAUCGUAUCCGUUGUAACACCUGGAGUAGUGACGUGCCUCGACUUGAGCGGAUCCAGGCUACAGCUCCACGACAUAGUCACGCUCUCAGAUUGGUUGGCUGUUGUGCCGGUCAAGAAACUCCUUCUCGAAGACGCCGACCUGGACGACGAGAGAGUUCGCGUUAUAUUAGCAGGCUUACUCGCUGCCAAGGUCCCUGGGUCUCCCACGAGAAAGCAUCCUUCGCAAGACCCAGGUGCGAAGAAUGGUCAAGAUGUUAUCGAGGAAAGAUCAGGCGUGGUGUUGAAACUGGUCCUGAAGAACAACCCCAAGAUAGGCGUCGAAGGUUGGAAGCACAUCAGCCUCUUCCUCUACAUGUGCAAGUCCAUACAGGCCAUCGAUGUUUCUAUGAUACCUUUCCCGAACGCCAGCCCAACUUCACCCGCUCAAGGCACUCCCACGGGUCAAGACUCCUCCCCUUCUCGACAUAGGCCCACUGGGGCGGUAGCAGACAUAUUCUCGAAAGCCAUAUCGGAGCGAUUGGGCGGCUCCCGCUUGGAAGAGCUGGUUAUGGCUGAAUGCUCGCUGACGGCCACGAGCAUACGCAAGAUCAUUGAAGGUGUCAUAGUCAGCGGUGUGCAACGGCUGGGGCUUGCCACCAAUGAUAUUGACGACGAGGGUCUUGACCAUGUUAUUCACUACAUCAAGUCUGGUGUGUGCCAGGGUCUUGAUUUGGGAGGCAAUGCGCUACGUGACAAAAUUGGACGCUUGGCAGAGAGCGUUACAGAGAAGUGUCCGCUGUGGGCAUUGAGUCUGGCUGAUUGCGACCUGACGCCCGACUCUUUGAAGAUCCUAUUUCCCGCGCUGGUCAAUCUACCCGCCUUCCGUUUUCUCGAUUUGUCCCAUAACAAGGAUUUAUUCGCCCACCAGACUUCGCUAUGUCUUCUUCGCAAGUACAUCCCGCAGCUGAAGGAACUGAAGAGGAUACAUCUGAUGGAUGUAUCGUUAUCGCCAGAGGGAACAAUUGGCCUUGCUGAAGUCCUCCCUGAGUGCUCCCACCUUGCACAUGUGAAUAUCCUGGAGAAUCCCGCGAUUACCGCAGUGGCGACGGCUACUGACGAGCCAACCCAAGAAGAAGCUGCCGCACUCUACGCAUCCCUGAUGGUGGCGGCCAAGCUAUCGCGCACCCUCAUCUGCAUCGAUGUCGACGUUCCGGGACCGGGCAGCAGUGAGGUCGUAAAAGCGUUAGCGAAACAGGUCGUCGCCUUCUGCCUCAGAAAUAUGGAAACGUUCUCUGAGAUUCCAGAGCUGAGUGCAGGGGCGAAGCCAACGCCGAAGGAGGUGGAAUAUCCGCACAUUCUGCGGAAUCUAGUCCUGGAUGGCAUCAAGGAUCCCGACGAUGCGCCAACAGCCGACGACGACUACAUCGUGGGAAGCACGGGAGUCGUCAAGGCGCUCAACUACUGCCUGUUGCAGAAGGCUACCGAUCUUCGGAGAGCUUCGGUCCCUGCAAGUGGUACCCAGACGCCGAGGAGCAGUGCUGAAGCGACUGGCCUUGCAAAGGCAAAAGAGAUGUCCAAGGAUCUGCUGGAAGGCGCGCGCAAUAUCAGGGCAAGACUCCAACCAGCGUUGGUCAGGGAAGCUCGAGCUGGUAACGACAUGGGCUACCGCCGCCUCCUGUUCCUCGACCAAACGCUCCAAGGCAUGAUCCAACGCUUCGAAGAUGAAUACCCCGAAACGCGCCUCCCUGCCAUGGACGCCUCCUCCGCCCACAGCUCCCUCAACUCCAGCUCCCCACCCACUUCGUCCAUCAAUCCCCUCCCACCCACCCCGACCAUCCCCGACUCCUCCAUCACCACCACGGCCCUCGAAUCCGACGACGACGAACCCAAAGCCCUCCGCUCCCGGCACAACUCAGACGUCUCCCUGGCCUCGCGCGCCCUCUCGCUCGAAGAAGGCCGCCUGCACCGCCUCGGCCACCGCGUCCGCACCGAGCUCCUCAACGCCAGCCGCCCCACCUCAGCGCACUCGGACCACGCCAACGUCUCGGGCACCAUGGACGACCACGACCUCCCCGAGCACCUCCUGGCCCUGCGCAACAAAUACCUCGGCUACAGCGGCGAGGAGCUGCGCGUCAUGACCGAGUCGGUCGGGUGGGAGCGGGCGUUUGACAAGAUUGUCGAGAAUGCCGCCGAGUUGAAGAGUAUGAUGCAUGAGAAUCCCGAGGAGUUUAGGAGGUUCAGGGAGACGCAGAUUGCGGCGUUGAGGAAUCGGAAUCCGGAUGUUGAUGUUGGUGGGGGAGGGGGAGGGGGAGGAGGAGGAGACAGGGGGGAGGCGGCGAGGAAGGAGGGUGAGGUUGUUGGAGUGGUGGAGGUUGGGGUGGGAGGAGGGGAGUAG